CACUGAUUCUUUCUGCUUGAUGAUGAAUGAAGUUUUAGUCUUAAUUUGAGUGAUUGGCAAUGCAUAAUAGGAGUAUUUAUUUCUGCCAUAAGUUUUUCAGUGCAGAUUGGCAUGCAUAAUAAUGCUGGAGGCCUAAAUAAAAUGGUAUCCGAUUAUUUUAAGUUACGUCAUCUUCCGUUGACUCCACGCACGCUUCCCCAUCUCUCAAGACCCCAUAACCGCCUCGGCGUAGCUCUCUUCACGGCGGUAAUGGCGCGGGAAUGACGCGAUAAUGGCGCGUUCUGAAGUCCCCCACGUCCUCUCUCUCUCUGUUCAUACAAUUCCUUCCCUCCUUCCCACUUUCCUGCCAUCUCCGGCCUAUAACCGUCAUCACGGCGCGGGGAUUGCGCGCGUCGAACGAAUUCACCGCCUCUCUCUUCAAAACAGAUCCUUUGAACUUUCCUUUCCUGGCAGUUGAACCCUAAAACAACUUUUUUUACCUUCUUCGGUCUUCCCGCGCCUUCACACGCGUGCUCAUAAGUGGGACCGGCGCCGGUUGGUGAGAGAAGUUCGUCCGCCCCGCAGCUUCUUGCCUUUUUUUCGUCGCUUCCGUUUCGCGGCCGUGAUUCUGCGUUAUAAGGAUCUCAGGAACGCGAGCGAUGAUGGGGUUGGGGAUCGAUAUGAGUGGGGCGAUUGAUGAAUGAGAGGAUCGAGAGAGAGAUAUGGGAUGCUGGGCUUCGAGGCCCGCAGAGACGGCGCUUAUGGCGCUGUGCCGCAGCAGGAGAGUGUUGAUUCGCGAAGCGAUUGGCCAUCGUUAUGCGCUUGCUGCCGCUCACGACUCUUACUUCCGGUCCCUCUCCGCCGUCGGCGAUGCGCUCUUGCGCUACGCAAGAGAGGGGAUCCCGGUGGCGACGGAGCCUGCAGCUCAGGUCGUCACGUUACCUGAUUCGAGAAAGAGCAACGACGGCGACGGAAGCGGAGGGUCAUCGGCGACGCCGUUGUCCCAUUCGCUGUCGGAUGAGGGCUCGCAUCUGCAGAUUUCUUCCGACUCCGAGACGGAAGGGGAAGCGGACCAAGGAAAAGGAGGGAACCAGUCGGCUGGGCCUAACCCUGAUCACUCCUAUAUGAGAUCCUCUUCGGCGACUCCCAACGUGGUUUACGGGGAUUCGUAUGGUGGCUUAUAUGAGGGUUUUGUCAAUGAUCCAAAUUACUACUAUGGCUGGUCGGCGAGCCCUCCUCCGCCAACUAGGGUUGCCACCCCUCCGCCUCCACCGCCUCAGGGUUCAUCGGCCUGGGAUUUUUUAGAUCCCUUUUCUUCGUAUGAGCAGUUUCUACCCGGUUAUUUUUCCGGCCAGUAUAGAACGGCGUCGUUCGGAAGCAGCUCGAAUUCAAGCGAGGUCAGAGAGCGGGAAGUUCCUGACCUUGAGGAAGAGACUGAGCCGGAAGGACUUACUAGAGUGAAGAAGGGAAAGAUGAUUGCUGAAGAUUUUGGAGAAAAGGGUUCUGGAAUUGGUAGCUCCAAAACUUUACGGGCAAAGAAGACGGACGAUUUGGAGAAGAAAUCGAGGAAGCUCGGUUCUGGAGACAAGGCGAGCAAGCUUAGCCCAACUGAAAAAGGGAGCAAUGGAAGUUCUUCAACGAGCUUGGUCAGUUCUGGAGAGAAGGCGAGCAAGGUUAGUCCCAGUGAGAAAGGGAGCAAGGGAAGUUCAUCAACAAGUUUUGUCGGUAGCAAUGGAGAGCAAGGAUCGAGCUUGAAGAAGAAAGGGGUGACUUUUGAAAAGGGAACCUCUUUGGUGAAUGAGAGAAGCGGGUCAACUGAUGGAGGCUUAUCAUCUAUGGAAGGCAGUAAGGAUGUUGUCGAAGCCACGGGAGAUAUUAAAGAAGAGUUCAAGUCUGCAAUUACUGGCAAUGACGAGGUCUCCAAAUUGCUAGAGGUUGGAAAAGUGCCAUACCGACCAAGAAACAAAGUGUUUAAAGUGAUCUCCUCCAGGAUUUUGGUUUGCGUUGGCUUCCGUAUGCCUUCACGCCGUCUUUUCAAACAUAGGCGUCGUUUGGCAGCAACAACAAUGAAUAACAGGUCUAUCAACGUGGAAUUUGAGAAACACGUGAGUGUGAAGUCCGGUCACCUUUCAUCAACCCUGGAGAAGUUGUUUUUAUGGGAAAAGAAACUUUAUGAGGAAGUUAAGGCUGAAGAAAGAUUGCGAGGCAUCCAUGAGAAGAAAUUGAGGAGACUAAAAUCACUGGAUGAGAGGGGAGCAGAGCUCCAUAAAAUUAAUGCUACCCAAGUCUCAGCAAGAUCUGUGCGCACAAAGAUGAGCAUUGCAAUCACUUCUGUUGAUGCUAUUUCGAGAAGAAUGUGCAGGAUAAUGGAUGAGGAGUUGCAACCUCAGCUUGUCAAAUUAAUCCGACGAUUAACCCAAAUGUGGAAAUUGCUUCUCGGUUGUCAUCAAAAGCAGUUACAGUCUAUAAUCGCCAGUAAAAACUAUAAACUCAGCAUCAGAACUUCAUUCCAGGAUUCAGCCACAAAAGCCACCAUGCAUCUGGAGCUCGCACUCCUGAAAUGGCAUGCAAGUUUUGAUGAGUGGAUCAGCUCACAGAAAUCUUUUGUCAAUUCUCUGAACGGAUGGCUGUCAAAAUGGCUUCCCAAAAACCGUGAGGGAACACCUGAUGGGAUUCCCCCCUUCUCGCCAGCCGCUCGAGCUCCUUCACUUUUCGUCCUAACCAACGACUGGUCUCGAGCCAUAAACACGAUUUCAGAAGUUGAUGAUGUUAAAGCAGCCAUCCAAAACUUUGCUGCCAAUAUGCACAGACUCUGGGAAAGCCAAGAUGAGGAGCAGAAACUCCAACAAAGAGCAGAUUUUCUGUCCAAAGAGUAUUCUGCAAAGCUUAGCAGUCUACAAAUGGAACAUGGUGACCGAGAUUUGUCAAUCCGAAAUACUGAAAAUACAUCAUAUUUUGAUGAACGGGUUACAGCGUUGGAUUCCAUGAAGAAAAGAUUGGAUGAAGUGAGAGCAAAGCAUGUUGAGACGUUGAGACAAGUUGAGCAAGUUAGCUCAGCCAGUUUAAGAUCAGGUUUAGUUCCAGUAUUUCAGUCAUUAGUUGGUUUCAGCUCAGAGAUUCUGAGAGCCCACGAAGCACUUCGUUUUCCAAAUAAUGGCGGCAGCGGUUGAGG